AUGUACCGAGAUUGGACUGCUCCAAGGCCGUCCAGUUUGAAUGGCGAGAGUUUCGGUGAGUUAAUUAGUAGUUUAUAAUUAGUGGCUCUUAAUAUAGGGUUAAUUAUUGUCUAGGAGCAUGUGGUGAUAUUGACUGACAAUAAAUAGGUUUAUAUACUUGAUUAGCUUGUUUAUAAUUCACAAAGUGCUAUGUUUUAGUUCUUAUUGACUCUUUCUAGCCAUUUUUGUAUGCUUUAGAUUUCAAAAUCAUGUUUUAUAUUAUAAAUCACAUAAAACGUCAUCAGUUGGUUUCAAAAAUGUCGUAAAUUGUAACGUUAUACGACCAAAAUGAUUAAUUGUUGCAAAGUAAUUGCUGUAAACCGAGCUACAGUCGAUUGUUUUCACUUUUUUCGAAUCAUUUUGCUGAUUUUCGAAAAAAUAUUGAUGUUUUUGAUGGUUUGGUCUAAAAUAACAUUAGUUUAGAGGUCAAAAAUGGUGUUGAAUUUAAGCUUUGGAAAAAGGCGUAACACUAUUUAUUUUAAGCCAAUAUUCCUUUUUUUUGGUUUUCUAUUUAUUUAUUGACCAAAAAGUUUAAAACUAAAAGUUAAGGUAGGUUAACUUCAUUCAAGCUCUGAAAACUUCAUCUUCUGACAAAACCCAUAAAACACAUCCGAAAACGUUACGGAUAUCAGGGCUGGCGGGGUGAUAAGCGUUAAUUGAAACCCAAACUUUUACUUUUCUCGCGACUUAAUCCCCCUAAUCUACUGCUCCAGUGGUCGGAGGUAUGGGAGCGCGGUGAGGUAGUUUUAAUGUCAUAAAAACAAAGAAACUGGCUUGUGGAAACCCGUUUUCGGUGAUAGGGGGUGAUAGUGUUCCGGGGCCCUGAGGCAAAGAACGGAGCACCCGAAAAACGAAUUAUAUUCACCUUCAGAAGGCGGCUUCCGGGAGAAAGAGCGAUUUGACUUCUCGACGGAAGCCGGAUUCCGCUGACCUCCAAGUUUUCCUUGUUUACAACAGCUUUCCGUCGUUUUGUAAACAGCGUUCAUUAGGCGUUGAGGGUGGAUAAUGCGUGGAGUUACUGUGUGUUAAAAGUUUUACUGGGUGUUAAAGGUUUUUACUUGAAAAGUAAUGGCAUAAAUAGUGUUGGGUGUAGAUGUUGUAAUAGUCAGUAGAAAUCACGUUUUAUUGAUAAAAAGUCUUCUGGGUGUGGUUUUUUUUUGUGUGAAUGGUUCCAUUUAUAAUUAAUGGUCAGUUUUAUUUGGAAAACUGUCCAUAAAAUAAGUCGUUUUUGAGUUUUAAAAUUUUUGGGACGGUCUGGACUGGAGUGCUAUUUUUAUUUCAAAAGCAUUUUUUCAAGAUAUUAUGUGAUAAUAGUAUAUCAUAUAAAAACUUAAAAAAUAGCUUUUUGUGUACCUUUUUCAUUGCUGUAGCUAGUUGUAACGUCGGUAUAUCACCAAAUGUUUUUGCAGUUGCUUCUUCUACGUCACGCAUUCCGUUUUUGUGAAAUUUGUUUGUUUUCACAGCGUUUCCGUGCUAAAUUCGUCUUUAGCAACCGCUUUGUAACGUAGCGGAGGGUAGUUUAAUUUAGAAAAAUAUUUUUUUUAUCUUUUUAAAUUUUUAAAAAUUAUGAUGAAGUGAUUGUUUAGUCAUCUACGAGGUCUUCCUAGUUAGUAUAUAAGGUUAUUGUUUUAGGUGUGAGGUCUCUCUUUAUAUAAAGGUUCUUUUUAUAUUGUGUUAUAGUUUUUUGUUCAAUAUAUAUAUGGACCUCUAAACCAACAGUUUAAUAACGGUUUUCCCAGGCUUUGUUAUUAAAUUCUCAUCGCUUUUUGUUUUUGGAUUCGUUGCAUUUAUAGUUGCAAAGUUUGAGGGUUUGACACUUUUUUUUGCAUCUUUGUUGUCAAACAUAGUGGCAUAAAAAUGACUUUAUUUUCUUUUUGGAUCAAGGUUUAGAGAUUACUUUUAAUGAUUAUUGGGUCAGGUAAAGUAUAAACAGGUUUUCUUUAGAUAUGGACUUAAACAAUCUUUCAUUUGUAAUGACUAAAAGACUAUUAAACUAUAUUUUAGUACUUUGUACAGCCUGCAUACAUAAACUUACUGUAAACUUGCUUGCCAUAAUGACUACAAGCCAUUUACUUGACCUAUUACCUCAUUACUACGGUAAAACGUAGCAUAUAGCCAUUACCUACUUUUGGAGGCUCGUUUUGUAUACAGUUUACUGUCUUUUGCUCAAGUAAUUACGGUCUGUUUACUGUGUGAUCACACUGUCAAAACACCAUAAGCCUUCUUGAUCGCUAGCGUAAUACCUAGUAAAGGUAUACUUUAAUAGCUUUAACGAGCCUUUUAUUAGUAAUAUCUUCAGUGUUCUUGCUUGGAUUAUGUUUUGGGUUAUGGAAUAUUGAUGGUUACAUCAAUUUACGUAUUUUAGCUGAUUAUUUACUUUCUGACCUUGAUAUUUAAAUUUUUUUUAAUAUGAAGAUUGAAAUUGUAGUUUGACUGGUAUUAUUUGUUAGAACGUGAAUUCAUAGUAUAUUUUGUAGUAAAAACGACUUUUUUGUGUUUUGUUUUGUGUGUGGAGUUGUAGUAAGAAGGAAAUUGGGAAUAUUUGCAUUAAAAUUGGUUUGAUCCGAUUAGGUUGUACUUUUACUGAGGCGUUUAGAGUCAAAUGACAUCAUAGUAAAACUUUUUUUUAUUAUAGUAAGAGUAGAUGACUUUAUUUAGCCACCAUACUAUACCCAAUUACACGUAGUUUGCUUUGAAUGAGCUGUUUUUGGAGUUCAUUAACCUUUAAACCAACAGUAUCCUUAAGACAGUAAAACUAUUGUGUAACGAAUUGCUCGGUUUUUUACAAUUUUCAAAUUCUUUAGACUAAAGAAAAGUGCAACAAACAAUUUGACCGGGUUAAAAGUUACCACAACUCCUUGUAGCGGGAUCUCCUUCUCGAGAAUCUCUUCACUUCGGGAUUCUGUGACGGACAAAAGGUAUUUCUUGAGUCGGCGGUCAGGUUUACUCAAAUUAUUAUAAUUCCUUCCCAUUGUUAUUGUUUUCCUUAAUUUUAUGGUUAUUGUCACGUCGCGUUAAGGUUUCGUAUGGUACAUGAGUACAAAGGUUAUAUAUUUAAGCAGGGUCUUACUGAUGAGUUUAAACAGUAGUAACAUGGGGUUUUGUAGUAGUGGGGGGAGGAGAAUUAGAAUGUUAUAUUGAGGAUGUUAUAAAUGUAAAAACAAGCAUUUUACCUUUACUUUACUAUAUAAAAACCCAUUUUUUGAAAAAUUUUUAACUUUAUAAUCUUUUUUUGAGUUGUGAAAAACCUUUUCAAAGUGUUAUAAUGAAUUGAUUGUACUCAGAUUACUAACAGCUGCAACUUUUCCCCAAAAAACUCAUCCAAACCUAUUUUUUUAUCCAGACCCUGGGGCGAUUUUGUCAUUUUAUUUGUAAACAAGGUAACCUUUUACAUUCCCGACAUUGUUCGCUACUUUUUCCGAACUGAUUAUGAUAACCGAUUUCUUGUUUUACUGCGGUUUUUAUUGUAACAAGGACACUUUUUGGGUAACAAAACGACUUUUUUGUAAAAAAAUAAAGUUUGUCAAGGAAGAUUUUUAAAAAGUGCACUUUUUUGAAUUAAAAAUAUAUUUUAUAUUGUAGUAGGUGUUUAGAUAAAACUACUUUUUUUGUAAGAAAGUACAGUUUUUCGAAGCAGGGCAGUUUUAUUUGAAUUUGAAUGGGUAAACGGCAGCGAUGUUCAAGGUUCAUCGCUUAGACAAACAGUUACUGUCAGUUCCAAUGACUUACAAGUUCAAUGGCUUUACAAAUUGAAACCCGGCUUUGUUUUGAAUUUUUUUGAAUUUGUUGGGUUUGAAAAGAAAACGAGGUCACCUUUUGUAUAUUAUCAUAGUCAAGUUGUAGCAAAUGAAUAUUAACCUAGCUUUUUUAAGUUUUAAUAAGUAUUAACUUAUAUUAACAUAGCCUUCUUGAACUUUUCAAGGUUAUAAAAGGUAAAAGUAACGACGACCCAACGGUUUUUACACGUUUCUCUUAUAUAUUAUCCUUGUUCAUCAGACCGUUAGAUGGUCGUUAUAAUAUUCUCCUUUUCAGACCAAUUAAUGCGGACGUAUGGACUGCCAGGCACGGUCCAGUCUACCGACUUUUCCGUCGAGCUUCCAUUGUUUGACGUGAGUUUCUAUAAUUGCUCUACAUCUUCUUCAGGAUUCAUCGCCGCGAGCCUUUGAUCCCGUUCUGAUUGCUGCCUCCAGUCGCACGUUUCCCUCGCUUCUGGCAGCACCGUGCACGUCGUCCACGGGGGUCAGUGUGGGGUUUGAUAAAAGAUGAUGUUUUUGAAAAGGGGGUGUUUUACUAUGCAGCUCCUACAAGUUUUAACUUUUAAUUAAACAUGGCUACCAUGAUCAGAAAAGGCCGUUAAGCCAAUUCUAUGUACUUUUUGACCAACCUAAAGGAAGAAAGUCUAGCUUGAUGGUUUUAAAGUCUGAUCAUAGGUUAAGUCAUCCCAAAACUUUAGGAUUUGAAUAAUAAUUUCAGAAAUAUUGUAGUAUCUUUUAAAAUUGUUAAUAUUGUAGUUUGUUUCAGAUCAAUGUCGAUACAAACGCGAUGAGAAGACGGUCUAGUCUGGUAGAGGCUUUCAAUAAUGGCAGUUUAUACGGGGUAGGUUUUUAACUAUUUUAUAUGAUAUUAGGUUGUAUAGAAUAGGGUCUACAUCAAUGUGAUGAACAAUGUAAGAUCAUUAUUUUUACGUUUACCUUUUUUGAAGUUAUUUCUUCUUCCUUGUGCUUAGAAAUCAUAUAGUUAUUGAAAAACAGUACCAUAUUGUCUUACCUUUCAUUUAAGAGCCCCUUUUAACAAAAACAUACUAUUUGGUUUGCCGUAUUUUACAAAGAAUAGAUUGUACGUCAGCCGUCUUUAACAACAUCGCGAUACGUACUUUUACUUAACGCAACCUACCUCUUGAAUUCCUGAUCUUUUGUUUGUCUUCAACUCAUGGUGAUGUAUCGUUUACAUAGGAUUAUGCAUUACUGCGUUAAAUUUAGAAGCUGUUUUUGCUUUCAAACCUAUUUGAAAAAAAAAUUUUAAAAACCGCAAAAAAUGAAAAAUUUUGAAAAACUUGUAUAUGUAACAAAAGUGCCUGUCAUAUGUUAGUCAAUAAUAUUACAACUGUCGUAGUAAAUAACAUGGUCUUAGCUAUUUGUAAACAAGGAUUACCGUGCUUUCAGUCUGUCAUAUUGAAGCUACCGUGAGUUAUUUUUUGUUAUUUCAUGACCCCGAUUUGUCGUUAUGACCCAUAAGGGACUGGUAAACCUUUGUAGAGUUCACUUUUGUAGGGUAAUAUAAUUUUAUAGCACUUUUUCUACAUUUUAUGCUCUUAUAUAUGGCAUAGUAAACGCAUAUUUUACGUAAACUUUAUGUUUUAUUAGGUCUUAAGUUUUGUUUUGUAUAUUGUAGUAGGUAUUUAUUCGGGAAUAUAUUACGAUUUUUUCCUUUUUUACAUAAUUUUUGUAUACCUCUCAUCCUGAAUCCAUCCCUCAAGAUCUCUUUAUAUUGACCAUCUUCAAAUUACAAAACUCUACGGCGAUCUUGGUUAAGUCAUUUAAGUCUGAAUUAGUCUUAUUAAAGCGAGAGGAUCCUCCAGAAUCCUCAGAAUUCGGCUUUUGCCUUCUGAAUCUCUUCCUGAAUCCACAAACGUUCUUUGAAUCUUCUUCGAUUCCAGAAUCCUCGUAAUUGUGAAGUCAAGACAGAAUAUUUUUAAGUGGGCAUUAAAGGGAUCGGUGAAAGUGGGGUCAGAUGAGGGAUUAGCUGUCGUUCCUUCUCAAGGCAUUCGUCGCAUUUUCGUAUGAAUUCAGAAGAUAUGGCGGGUAGUUUCGAUUGAAGUUUAUUUCUACUGGCUCAACUUAAGAUACCCAAGAUUCUGGAGGUAUUGAAGAAAGGGUUGUGAAGGAAUGACGUGGAGCUUUUAUUAUAUUGACAGUACGUUUCUGAAAGAUAGCCAAACUAGCUGAUACAAAGGGUUCUGAAGCCAAUAUCUACCGUUUUACUUGCACUUCAUAAGGCAUUGUCCACUUGCUAUCAAAAAUUCAGAAGUCAUUAUCUACCGUUCAAUCCCAACUCUAGAAGGCACUCUCUACCGUACUCUACCAACUCCAGAAGGCAUUCGCUACCGUGCUCUCCUAACUCCAGAAGGCACUCUCCCCCCUGCUCUUAAUUUCGCUGAGUUUUUGUUUGAACAUCCCGCCCGGUUUGCCUCAGGUCCCAGUAGACCGCAACGAAGCGCGAGGACCGUUCGCGCUGUCGCAUUUAAUCGAAAUGCACAAUCUCAGGACCAACGAUUGUCACUCGCCGCCCUUCUACUGUAUCGUCAGGCAACGGGCGACAAACUCGAACUGUGUCAUCCAAGUGCAUCAGGGUGGGGCACGACGAGGUUCGGCCGAUUCUGAAGCCGAAAACAAGGUGGGAAUGGGGUUUUUAGUCGGUUUUGUGAUUUAUAUUGUUUUAGAAGGUUUGUUAGCUUAUUUUAUGAUCUUUUCAUUUUUAAUAUUGUCUUUUUACUUUCACCAACAAUAUAUAUAGCUAUUUUGUACCUGCGGUGUAGUCCUCAAGCUUAUUAUUAUCAUUACAUGAUAGUAUCGUAUUCCUAGCAUAAAUUUAGGUCAGAGAUCGCUACUAAUGACUGUACCAUACCUAUUAAAACUCACAGUUGAAGAUAACCUAGUCAAGUAUAUUGAAAUUGAAACCGCGCAAAACAACUUCUGACUUGUCGCUUCACCUCUUAAAGUUGAUCGUAUAAGAUCGUAUGACUAUCAUUAUCUCCUUAAUUACUUUUUGACUUCUUGUAAGUCUUAAACAUCUUUGAGGAAUUUAAUUUUGGGAUCGUUGAUAUCUUUGGAGACAUUCAUUCUAUUCUUCUACGUAAUAUUUUAUACCUAUAAAACAGCUAUAAGUAUACGACAUUGUCUUUAAAAGGAGCUUCUAUACGGAACGAUAACCGUAUGAUAUUGCUAGAUACGGGAACUACUAUAAUAUAUUCUACAUUUUAAACUACAGUAAGACUCUGUAUACUACAGUAAGACCGUAGUUUAUAGCUAGUACUGCCACUCUGUAAACAUAUUACCAUAGUACCCUACAGUGAUGUUUGGUGACUGUUUUUAAGAAUUUAAAUACCGUCUUUACUUGCUUAUUACAAGUUGGUAUUUAAGCGAUUUGACUAUUACAUAAUUGUCAUUUUGAGACUGCGCUUGUUUACAGUACGGUAAUUGUCGGGUUUUAUGGUUUACAUUGUCACCAGAAUGUGGAGGUCACCGUCGUAUUUUAGCAAUUUCAGCAACUACGACUGUUACUGUGCUCUGGUUAGUUUGAAUGCCAUUUAAAAGUGAUGUUUUUUUAAUAAGCUGGAUAUAUUAUACUUCGUUGUUAUGUCUAAAAGUAUCUUGAAACUGAAAAUUACUUUGAAAACUUUAAAAUCGUAUCUCCAUUGUCGUAUCUGUUUUGAGCUUCUUUUAUCAGAUUAUCCAUUUUCAUACCCUCAAGGCCUUAAGAAUCCAUGAUGAGACUAGCCUUAUAAUCAUAUGACAACUUGUUACCAAACGUACGAAGCCUGCUUCCCAUCGUAGCCACUCACACUUCCUCCAGCUCUUCAUAACGCUGACCAUGAAGUUUCUUUAUAAGUCCUGUCCGGAGGCGGCUGUCUCUAGUGUAGUCAUGCGCAAUGUCCCUGUUGUUCUCCCGACCUGCGGUUCUUGCGUCUUAACCUCCAUCAGUCAUUUUUUGCGAGCUAAUAGAUCAUGGCCGUCGGUGGCUCUGCUCUUCGCUCACUUCACAGCUUAAACUUUUUCCCUCAUUUUGUUGCGAAAACCGCAUUGUUCAGGGGUAGAUUAGGUUGCAUUUUGGGGUCAGUUUAAUCGGACCGAAACCCAACCAUUUUAUUUCGUUUUGCAGUGCUCCGACAGUGAUGAUAUCGAAGCCGAGGAGAGGUUGAACAUGCUCAAGAGACGUGCUGGUAUAACGCCGGUUCAGCGACCGUUAAAGUACCCCAGCCAGAAUAUUGUAAGUAAAGUUUAAUAGGUAAUACUGUUAUUUUACAACAGUAUAUUAUUUUACAGUUUCAGCUAAUCAAGUUUUUUUUACAAAUAAAUAAAUAGCUACAACAAGGUAAUAAAAAGGCUUGCAACUAAUUUUGCGUUUGUUUUAUACCUAAUUGACAAAGUUUUAGCUCCAAAAGACACCCACCUGACUAUAGUUGUACCAAUUUCAGUAUCAACAAUCCCCUCAACAGUACCCACCUCGCACUUUAGUCAGAAGUUAUGCUCACCAAGUCCGCGAACGACGAGCACGAUCUCAGCCUUUGCAUCAGAUUCCAAUCAGAAUUGCCAACGUCGACGAUUCAGAAGAUGAAAAAACCCAUCUGAGUCGUGCUGACAGAUUCAGUAUCGAUUCAGAAGCCGGUCGAAGCUCUCACGACUCCGGAAUCAGAAGUUCCACCCACAGCAACUCCAGUGCCACCACUAGUAGCAGUAUCAGUAGCGUGCACGAAGAGAACGCUGGCCUUCUGUUGGCAGAAGCUCUUUGGGAUCAUGUAGCCAUGCUGACGGAAGAACUGCCAUUUCAAUUGGGAGAUGUGGUUACAGUUUUGGAUUCAACGUCAAACUCCAGGAUGUGGUAUGGAUCGUGUAAUGGUAAAGUGGGAUGGUUUCCAUCGAAUUAUGUUAGAGUAAGGAAGUGCCAGAUGGACAGGUUAAGUGAUCUCAGCAACAUUGAUGCCACAGUCGAUGAAUACCCAAAGCAGAUGAGGAUUUUGAGGAGGAGAGUGGUCGAAGAGUUGAUGGACACUGAAAGAGAUUAUGUAAAGCUUCUGGACAAUCUUGUUCAUGUAUGUUUACCUUUAUUUCUUCGUUUUAUUGGUAUUAUCCUUUCUUAAUUUUACCAAAUUUUAGAUUCAAAAAUGUGUUUUUAGUUAUAUUAUCAAUUAGUUUUUUAAAAAUUCCAUUGAAUAACCAUCUUUCCAACCAAUUAUUGCCUAAAACAACAUUCACAGAACAAAAAACCGCAUUUUUAAAGGAAAACAAUGUUUUCAGGGGUUUGUGGAACAAUGUCGUCGCCGGAAAGAAAUGUUCGAUGAAGAAAGAAUUCGGAAAAUAUUCUCCAACAUCGAACAGAUCUCAUUGUUACAUCACAAGCUGCUUCGAGACCUCGAGAUCGCGUUCAAUCAGAAGGCGCCCGAGAGUUCGUGUGUCGCUAACGCUUUCUUGCGGAAUGUGAGUUGGUUGUGUCGGAAACUAAUUACUUUUGUUCAGAGUCACAACUUUGCGACUUACACUGAGUAUUGCAACAAUCGACCCAUCAGUUGCAAUGAAUUGGAACAGCUGGAGCGACAACCACAAUAUCACCACUUCUUUGAGGUUGGUUUUGGGGGAAAUUGAUGUUAAAGUAGAAUAAAUUACAUUAUUGAGGUUUGAAUAUCUGUAGAGUAAUAGUAAAGACACUGAAGAACGAUAACUCGGCCAAAAAAGCUCAAAAUUUAUUUUUUUACAGAGAUAUUGUUUUUUAGAAGAAAGGGUCAUGUUAUACGAGGGCGCAGGAUGCGAUUUUAAUAAUUACAUUGAAAAAAUAAAAUAAAGACAAAACUUUGUUUCCGAACCAAUUUACAGUGGAAUUCUUGCAGGCAUGUCGUUUACUUCGAGGAAUGGCCAAAUUAUCUCUGGAGGGAUUCUUGUUGACACCUGUUCAAAGGAUAUGUAGGUAUCCUCUACAGUUGUACGAACUUCUGAAAGCGACACCAGCUACCCAUCCUGACAGGUAUCCUCUAGAGCAAGCUCAUCGUACUAUGAAAGCAAUGGCUUCACAUGUAAAUGAUGCAAAACGGAGGAUUGACGCGAUUCAGAAGAUCGUGCUGUGGCAGAAGAACGUUCAUGGAUUCAGGGUAAGUUUACAGUGUUAUAUUGGUGUAAUUAUUGUGGUUUGAGUAUGACAUGGUUUGGCAGCUUCUUAUUAUUAUAGUUUUUUGUUUGCGACAGUGUUUUUUUGACUUUUAAACGUCGAAAGUGUUGUUUUAGGUUCAUUUUUAAGUAAAUAUUUAGCUUUUCUUACCUAAAUUUUCAAAAACACUAUGACUAAAGCUACAUUAUAAGAUUUGUCUGCUUUCAUAUACUAAAUUCACAUCUUUUAGGGCCCAGAUUUGAUCGACAACAACCACAGGAUUCUAAUAAGCGGGGAGUUGCAAUGUAAGGCCGUGGUGAACAACAUGGUGCAAUGGUCGAAAACUGUUCAUGUAUACAUGUUCGACCAAUCGAUUGUGAUAUGCAAGAAGGACGUGCUAAAGAAGAAUUCAUUGAUAUUCAAGGAAAGAAUGUCAUUACAAUGUACAAAUGUUGUGGAUCUGCCUGAUGGAAAAGGUUGGUAGCUGUUUGUUAUGUGUAAUAUUUAGUUUACUGGAGCUUUUAUUAUCUUUUGUGUUUUUUUAUAAAAUACAUCUCUAAUCUGUUUUUGCUAAAAAAAAGUUAGCAUGAUGACAAAACAAACAUAAACUAUAUGAAAAUUUAAACCUAACCUACUGUAAUAUAUUAACAUGCCUAUUUUCAGAUGUUCUGACCGGCUCAACUAUUCGAAACGGCUUUAAACUGUCCGGCCCCAAACGUGAAUACGUGUUUUGUUGUGUAGAUCCGGCUACAAAGUCGUUGUGGCUGGACACCUUCAGACAACGUCCUCGACCUCAACCUCCGACGAAUCUCGAGAAACGCCUUGCUCUUGUAACUCUAGCCAUGUCUAUGUCAUAG